CAAGCCAGCGUUAUUUCCGAGUCAGUCUACCAUCAUUGCUGGUGGCGGUACGCUGAGUUCCCACAACGUUCUACCGCUUGCAGUUCCUCUGUAAUGGUAGUGUGAUCGUGUCAAUUGGCGAACCGCGACCGAUAACGUGAGUUAUCCGCGAAUCAUCAAUAUCGUAUUUUCUGCAACAAUAAGAACGCCGGGGCACUUCUUCGGGGGAAAAAUCGGAGUAAAAAAUUGGAGCAUUUCGAGACGAGCCCUUUCAGUUGAAAUCAUUUCUUCUCGCGUCGCGUUUCUCCGCUGAUAUCAAACGACUCGUCGCACCGCGGAAGAAAGUAUCGCGUAAUGACAACCGCUAGCUGAAGAUAAAUCGUUUUCGAGAACUCCAGUGUGGGAAGAUCGUCAUGGACCUUACACCAGAAGGCAAAGUAAAUGGAGCCGAUAACGGUGUUUGCGAGAAAGAUGCCUUCAAUAAUGUCAACGGCGUUAUAUGUAUGUCAUAUCUUUCAAAAAUGGCUGCAGUGGACAUCGAAUUCAAUGAUGUGACAUAUUCAAUACCGAUCCCCCAAGAAUCAAAGACGAUUCUAAGGGGACUCAGUGGGCAAUUCAAGUCGGGCGAGCUGACAGCAAUUCUAGGUCCUUCUGGUGCUGGAAAAUCGACACUACUCGACAUUCUUGCAGGAUACAGAUGUAGGGACAUAGGUGGCUCGAUAAAUAUUAAUGGACAAUUGCGAGACAUGCGCGAAUUCAAAAAAAUGUCGUGUUACAUUAUGCAAAACGAUCUCGUACAACCGAAUCUCACGGUUUUCGAGGCAAUGUCCUUCGCCGCCGACUUAAAGAUUGGUAGAAGAAAAUCGAAAUCUCAAAAAUGCGCUAUUAUAGAUGAGAUCUUAGGAACACUUAAAUUAACCGGAACACGAGAUACACUUACAGAUAGACUCUCCGGCGGUGAAAGAAAGAGGUUAACAAUUGCACUCGAGCUCGUAAAUAAUCCGCCUAUUAUUUUCCUUGAUGAACCGACUACCGGACUGGACGAGCUCUCCUCUUCCCAAUGCAUCGAUGUUCUCCAGAGCUUGGCGCGUUUCGGGCGGACCGUCAUAUGCUCGGUGCACACGCCCAGCGCGAGCACAUUUAAAAAAUUCGAUCACAUUUAUGUUGUAUCCAAUGGACAAUGCACUUAUAGGGGUGCCGUAGGCAACGUGGUGCCGUUCUUGCAAAGCAUAGGCUUAGAAUGCCCGAAACAUUACAACCCAGCGGACUUCAUAAUAGAGACUUCGACGGGUGACUAUGGUUGUGAACUGAUCGAACAAAUGGUCACAUGCGUUAACACGAAGUUACCGCUACUUCCAAUUUUACGAUCGAAGAGCGAGUUUGAGUUUGAUAAAAAGAACCCGAAAAUCUUGUGGAUCGAUCAAUUCGGCACGCUAGUGAAGAGAAUGAUGAUGCAGACUUAUCGAAACAGAAAUUACAUUUACCUGAAGAUAUCGCUACACAUCUUUCUGGGGAUAGUGAUCGGCGGGUUGUUUUUUAAUAUGGGUAACGACGGCACCAAGGCUAUAUUCAAUUUCGGCUUUUGCUUUGCAUGCCUGAUAGUUUUUCUGUACGUACCCAUGCUACCGGUGCUAUUGCAAUUUCCUUUGGAAAUCCGGGUAAUGAAACGAGAACAUUUCAACAGAUGGUACGACCUUAGUGCGUAUUAUUGGGCUUUAACAGUAGUCAAUAUACCUACACAGUUAGGUUUCGCAGUUUUAUAUCUCUCAAUGGUCUACUUCAUUACGGGACAACCUCUGGAGUUGCACAGAAGCGCCAUGUUCUUUAGCACUUGCUUCAUAUGUGCCUUCAUCGCGGAAAGUAUAGGAUACAACAUCGCUAGUGUGUUUAAUGUUGUGAAUAGUAUAUUCGCCGGACCUGCGUUAACUUGUCCGUUAAUGUUAGUCGCGGUGCAAGAUUUCGGUGAUCCGAGGCCUCUACCUCUCUAUCGUACAAUUCCCAUGUACAUGAGCUACAUUCGGUAUGGACUGGAAGCUCUCACAACAGCCAUGUACGGUCACGGUAGACAGAGACUAUAUUGUCCGCCAGAGGAAAUUUACUGUCACUUUAGCUCGCCUAAGGAAGUCUUGCGAAUUAUAGGGCGAGAAACACCUCCGAAUUUCUGGUUGGAUCUAGCUGCUCUCUUCGUCAUUUUGUUUAUUUCUAAAGGAACCUUAUAUUAUUUGCUGAGACAAAGGGUGCAACCAAACAAAACUUUCCAGAUGCUUCAAACAAUUGGAAAAUUUAUCAAACGUAAUUUUAUAUGAUCGUUAGUUUCGUGAUUUAUUUUCGUUUGUAUCGUGACGUGUCGACAUUAUACGCUCGAUGCUCUUUAAGCAAAUAGAAUAUAUUCUAGAAAUAUGUAUCUAAUAUGUAUUUUGAAAUUGACGAAAGCACCAAAUUGUCGAUACAACGAUAUGUUAAAAGUGAUAUUAA